AUGGGCUCCUUAUCGGAUAUCUCGUUCUUCGACCAUCUGCAGGAGCUGGCCAGACGCGACUGCUGCGUCAAUGCGCUCCUGUGGUGUGCUUUUACGGUCGGGGCCGUCAAGCUCACGACGUUCAUGCUGUCGCUGAUCAGCAUCGCGCUGGAAACAACGGUGCUGCCCUCUGCGUCUUACAAGAAAUACGGCGCACGCAAGGGCGCGUACGCGCUGGUGACGGGCGCGUCUGACGGGAUCGGCAAGGAGUUUGCGCUGCAGCUAGCGUCCAAAGGCUUCAAUGUGCUGCUGGUGUCGCGGACGGAGGCGAAGCUGCUGGAGCUGAAGCAGGAGAUCAUGGCCAAGUACAAGGUUGACGCGCGCGUGCUGUCCGUGGACUUCGGUGUGGACAACAGGCUGACGUACACGGCGAUCAGUGAGCUGUGCGGCGAGCUGCCCGUGACGGUCCUAGUCAACAACGUGGGCGUGUCGCACUCGAUCCCCGUGUCGUUCUUGGAGACUACGGAGGAGGAGCUGCGCGGGAUCAUCACCGUGAACAACACCGCAACGCUGAUGGUGACGCAGACGGUCGCGCCGCUGGUCAUCGCGAACGCGCGCCGCCUGCAAUGCCGCGGCCUGGUGCUGACGAUGGGCUCCUUCGGCGGCCUGUUGCCCACGCCGCUGUUGGCGACGUACUCCGGGUCCAAGGCGUUCCUCCAGGCGUGGUCCGCCGCGCUGGCCGGCGAACUUGCACCGCACAACGUCGACGUCCAGAUCGUGCUCUCCUACCUCGUGACGUCCGCCAUGUCGAAAGUCCGUCGCGCGUCAGCCCUGAUCCCCACGCCCCGCGCCUUCGUGCGCUCCACGCUCGCGUCGCUCGGCCGCCGGGUCGGCGCCCAGGAGCGCUACGCGACGUGCACGCCCUACUGGUCGCACGCCCUCUACCACUUCCUCAUUGAGAACACCGUGGGCGUGCACUCCCGUCUCGCGAACGCGAUAAACUACAGGUUCCACGCGGAUAUCCGUAAGCGCGCGCUGCGGAAGGCUGCACGCAAGGCCGCCGAGAAGCAGGAGUGA